UCGGAGUAACCUGUGACGUCAUCAGCCUGCGCCAGUUGCAGAAGGAGUAGCAAUGGCGGUAGCUCAGGCUAAGCUCGUGAAGGAGACCGAAGACUGCUCUUUGCUGCCCUUAGUUCACGACAUUAUCAAAUGCAUGGAUAAGGACAGCCCGGAUGUCAACCAGGAGCUGACAAAACUAAAAACAAAGAUCCAAGAAACCCGGGAGCAGAUCUCUAACAUGUCUGGGAUAGACUGCAGUCCGCCGGAGCAGCAGCAGCAGCUGGCCACGCUGCGGGAGCAGGUCCGCACCAAGAACCAGCUGCUGCAGAAGUACAAGGGACUGUGCAUGUUUGAUGUGCCUAAGGCGUCGUGAGACAACAGACUACAAACUGGAGACUUGAGCAAAGACGUUUAUUUCUACGGUUUACCAUUUAAAAAAAAACCUGAAAUGAAAAAUGGGACUUUUGUUUUUCUUUUUUGUUUGCAUCAGUGUGAAUGAUCUGCUCUGUUUCUGAAGUAUCUGUUAUUAUUUCAAGUUGUAAAUCUCUAUUUUUAAUAAAUUAAAUCGUGCUAUAGUG